AUGGCGGCCACAGCCGCGCAGCUGGCUGGCGCGCCGCCGCCCGGGCCGCCGCUGAGCGCGGCGAGGUUGGCGGCCGACCAGAGCCUGCUCGCGGCGGACAGUGAGAUGUUCCGCCCGGCGGCAGGGCUCCCCGGCCAAUCGGCUGGCGCGGCGCCAAGGCACCCGUCGGUGCAACGUUUCAGGCCGGCCCUCGCGGAGGCGCCCCGAGGGGAUCGAAGAAUCGCAUCCUUGCCGCCGGCCCCUCAGCCGCCUUGGGCGUCGCUCGGCCUGGAGACUGACGUGGGCACGGUGCACGCGGCCCCGCCUCUGCAGCAGCCGUUGGCCCCCGCCUCUGUGGUCUCCCUGCUGGGCGCGGCCGCGCAGCUGUGCGCGUCGCCCCGCGGCGCCACCUCGCCCCUGACGACCGCCCGGGCAGCCGCGACGCCGCGGUCUGGCGUGACGGGCCUGACCGAACCCGCGUCGGUGGCGGCGUCACCUCUGAAGUCGCGGGGCUCCUUGGGCGUCCCGCCAGGGACGCUGGCGCCCAGCCCCAGGGUGUCUUCGCGCGCGUGCAGCAGAGAGGUGCUGGCCGCCAGUCCCGCCUCCUGGGAGAACUCCAGACCUCGGCCCAUGCUGGGAGUUGCGGCGGGCGGGUCCGUCGUGGUCAGCGGCUCGCUGCACACGGCGUCACAGCCAAGCCUCCACGCGGCAGGCCGCCCCAGCCCGCCCGAGGCAGGGGCCGCUGGGCACGACCGGCUGGGAGCGCUGGCCGCGGUGGCCACGGCCGCAGUGGCGAGGACCGCCACGGCGGCCGUGAUGGCGACCUCGGUGCCCCCGCACCUGGGGGCGCCGCCCACGCUGGCGCCGCCGGCGGUCGCCGAAGACGCGCCGUCGCACUCCGCCAUCGCGUACGGCGGCUCGCUGCGCUCGCCCUGCCCGCGGAGCCAGCCGCCUCCAGCCUCGACGCCGAGGGCGCCCAGGUCCUGCUUGGGCAGGCAGGACAUCAGCUGGGACCACCUGGCGAGCCAGUCGACCCCGGGGACGGUGGUUCUAGGGCCGCUGACUGGCUUCGCGGCCUUCUCCCCGCCGCCACGGUGCCUGGCCAGGCGCCUGGGCGCCCCUGUGGCGUGCGGCGCGCCGCCCGCCCGGCCUGCGGCGGGGGCCCCUCCGCCGCCCGUCCGCGGCGAGCACCCGGCGGGCGGCCGCCGAGCUCCUCACGGCGCGCCUGCGCCAAGCGCCGCAGCGCCCUGCGCCGAAGUGCCGCCGGGGGCCGCCGAGGGCAGCGGCCCCAGCGAGCGUACGGCCAGCCAGACGCCGAGGUCCCCUGUGCGCGGCGCCCCUGUCGGCGCCGACGACAGCCCCGCUGGGACGCCAUCCAGGGCCGUCGGCCUCAGCGACGGCAUCGGCGGUGCGGGCAGCCCGGGACCGCGCAGGACGCCGGUAGGCGACAUCUCCGCCUCGCCCAUCGACGGCAAGGUGGAGUUCGAGUCGACAGUGUCGCAGUCGUCCUCGGACCCCGGCGGAGGAGCCGCCCCGGAGGGCGCGGCGCCGCAGGCGGACAAGGCCGCCAGCCGCUGCCCCGCCGCGCACGCGGCCGGCAAGGGCCAGGCCUCCGACGACGGCGCCGCGCCGAGGGAGCCCGAGGAGGAGGCCGCCACGGCCGAGGGAGCGAUCCUGGACCUGGGUGCGAACUAG